AUGUCUGCAACCGGUAAAACAUCGGUAUUACCAACAUCGAACGCUGCGCAAUCACAGUCUAACUUGCAUCCGGCUUUCUUCAUUGUAACAUGGAUUACCCUGAGCUCAGGAGUUAUCAUAUUCAAUAAGUGGAUUCUUCAUACUGCUGGCUUUGCUUUCCCCUUGUUUCUUACAACAUGGCACCUGGUUUUUGGGACUGUCAUGACCCAGCUCAUGGCACGAUACACUACCAUGCUUGACUCUCGUCAUAAUGUCCCUAUGACAAGAGCUGUCCGCGCAAUUGUCCCUAUCGGCGCCUUUUUCAGUCUCAGUCUUAUCUGCGGCAACCUUGCUUACUUGCAUUUGAGUGUUUCUUUUAUCCAGAUGUUAAAGGCAACGAACUCGGUUGCGACUUUGAUCGCGACUUGGGUUUUAGGCGUCGCCCCCGUUCGUCUUGAUGUAUUAGCCAAGGUCUCCAUCAUAGUUGUCGGUGUGAUUAUCGCUUCUAUCGGUGAGAUCCAAUUCAGUAUUAUCGGAUUCCUCUACCAAUUCGGUGCCACGGUUUUCGAGUCAGUUCGGCUUGUUAUGGUUCAACGCCUGCUUAGCUCUGCGGAGUUCAAGAUGGACCCGUUGGUUUCGUUAUAUUACUUUGCUCCUGCCUGCAUGGCUAUGAACAUUGCUGCGGCUCUUGUGGUAGAGAUACCCAAGAUGACGAUGGCAGACGUCUAUCAAAUUGGCUUCGGCACCCUUCUGGCUAACGCGUCGGUGGCAUUUGCACUCAAUGUGGCAGUUGUGUUCUUGAUUGGAAAAACGUCCGCUCUCGUAAUGACACUAUCUGGUGUUCUCAAGGACAUUCUACUUGUUGUUGCAUCACUAAUCAUUUUCCGAGACCCAGUCACGAUGACGCAAGUUUUCGGAUACGGCAUCGCCCUUAUGGGUUUGAUAUACUACAGACUUGGAGCCGAGGGUGUGAGUGACCUUUUAGCAGGAUUAUUCCAGUCAUUUCGACGACGUAUGAUUCUAUCAAUUAUUUUGCUGGCUGGUAUUUUCGUCGUCUUUCUUCGGUAUUUGGAGGUGUCAUCAACAUACGUCGUUGAUCAUCUACCA